AAAUCAAUUGUUGCGCAUCAGGUGUAGAUAUAGCAAUAUGAAAUCGAUAAUAAAAAAUGGCGCUAGAUUUCGCGGCUACAUAUAAAAUCUUAGUUUUAGGUGAUUCAAAUGUUGGUAAAACAUGCAUAGUGCAUCGUUUCUGUGAUGAAAGAUAUUACGACACUUACAUAUCUACAAUAGGGAUAGAUUUUAAACAAAAAAUCGUCAAUCUAGACGGUGUUCCAAUCAAAUUACAAAUCUGGGACACCGCAGGUCAAGAAAGGUUCAGGACCUUAACAACAGCCUACUAUAGAGGAGCAAUGGGAAUUUUACUUUUAUAUGACGUCACUAAUUUAGAAUCUUUCAAUCAUAUUACAUACUGGCUUCAAAACAUAGAAGAGAAUGCUUCCCCACAUGUAAUCACAGUUCUGGCUGGUAAUAAAUGUGAAUCAUCCGACAGAAUUGUUGACUCAGAGAGUGGACAAAAGAUUGCGGAACAUUUCGAUUUGACGCAUUUUGAAGUUUCUUGUAAGGACAAUGUUAACAUUGAAGCGUCUUUUAUGAGCUUAGCUAGGAAAAUUCGAGAAAAACGGGAACAAAAAGGAUAUGCUCUGCAUGAACCAAUCAAAGAAGAAAACUCUGAUCUUCUCAAACCUAAAACGGAGCUCCAAAUUCGUGCAUGUUCUGCAUGUUAAAUCAAAGACUGCAAUCAUAUUAUUGUCAAUAGUUUUUUAUUGAGCUAUCAAAUAAGUAUGUGGUGUAAACUGUACGCAAAGCUUUAAAAAUGUACGUAACACAUACACGCUCAAAAUGUUAAAAUGUAAAAGAGAACAUAUAUGUGAAAUUGGCGAUGCUUAUCGUGGAAUAUUUGUAUUAUAAUUGUUACUGUUAACAUAGAAAUAUCGUAGACACAUCAGUUCCUCUGCGUAGAGUUUUAAAUGUUGGAUGUUUUUAAUUAGGAAACAAAAUAUCUUUUUAUAACAUAUUCCUAAAUUUUUAUAUUUCCUUCAAUUGGUAGAUAUUUAUUUGAUAGCCUCAGUAUUAAUUCGAACUUUUCAUUCGCUCUUUGGCUUUAGUUUAUCAGAAUGGUUAGCAGUUUACAGUACAUAUUUAUUCUUUUUCAUUCCGUACACACUAAGAAUAACUAGGUAAAGCAAUAACUGUUCUUUUUUGACUCAUCUGAUUAUGUUUUCAUAGAAAAUAAUCUUGAUAAAGUAUUCACCACUUAAUCCACUGUCAUAGAAGAACGCACAAAUAUCAUAUGCAACUGUAUCACUGGGUAUAUUCGAACGUUUUACAUAUACUCAAUAGUUACGCUAUAUUCAUACCAAUUAUCAACCAGUUAAACAUACUGAGUCUUUCAAUUAUUUACGCAUCUAUACCUACGUGUAAAACGAGUGGAGAUACUCAAAUAAAUGUUUCUUCUUUAGUAAGACUGAUAUACCGCUUAAUAUUUAUGGCAAAGCUAAAUACUUAGUUGUUAAAAAUAGUUAUACAAUUUAAACAGUGAUAUGCAUAGUUGCGAAGUUUGUGGCUAUUGAAUUAAUAAAGAAAUUAGACUGUGACCUGUAUGUGUAGGAAAAUCACGGUGAGAUAAUUAGUAGCUUCGAAUCCUCGACAUGCAUACUGCUGAGAAUGUUUUAAGUACGAGGCGUGUUUCUUAUAGUUGAACUCCAAAGUGCUUUAAAUACAAAAUCUAUACAAUAUUCACAAAAUUCUAUCGGUGCAUUAUGAGUUAGGCACAUCGAAUUUAAGAAAUUUGUUUACUGAUAUUGCUUGCUGGGACCAUAUUGAAUUGCGCAAUUAGCAUUUUAAAAAUAUUGUGAUACAAAUGAAUGUAUAGCAAGAGCAAGUUAAUGUAUGAGAAUAAAUGUAAAAGUCAA